CAAAUUUUCAGUUCAGUUCUGAAUGUGUCCAGCAGGGGGCAGCAGUCAAUCCGCUGAACGACGGUUGCAUUUCCGGUCUAACAUCGGCAGUUAUUGGUUAAGAAAGUCGCCUGUUUUGUAAGCGUUACGCAAAAUCUUUUGUAACUCUUGGAUGUGGAAUUACGUCAAACUAUUUCUCGUGCAAGAGUAGUGACUUGUGACUCUGUAUGCCGGCUUUAUUAGAGGUGCCAAUCAGAUGAAACACAAAGUAAGUUACUUCGUUAAUUUCUGCAGAUGUCCUUGUGGUCUUUAUAUCUGCUAAUGCAUGAAGCUGAUUCUGUGUGCAAUGGUAUGAAGAGUAAAAGUGUGAUUUUUGUCCUUGUAUCCACAAUGUCAAAAGUAAGUGUCUUCCUCCGACCAUACAGCAGGAUGUCUACGGUACCCAAAGUGUCUUUGGCCGGGGGUCUGGAGGUCUGCCGGAUCCUGAAUGGGAUGUGGCAGGUGUCCGGAGCGCACGGAGCGGUGAAUAAAACCAGGGCAGCUGAAGCCAUGCAGGCCUAUGUAGAUGCUGGUCUGACCACAUUUGACAUGGCAGACAUAUAUGGACCUGCAGAGGAAAUAUUUGGACUGUUCAACAGCCAGCUGAAAUCCUCUGGCAAUGUUGCCCCAGCUCUGCAAGGUUUGACUAAAUUUGUGCCAAGAACAGGACCAAUGGAGCGCAAGGUGGUGGAGAAGGCAUUGCAGCGCUCCAUGACCCGAAUGCAGGUGGACACUCUGGACUGUGUUCAGUUUCACUGGUGGGACUAUAGCGACAUGAGAUAUCUGGACGCACUGGGACACCUGUCUGACCUGCAGCAGGAAGGACUUAUCUGUGAGCUCGCCCUUACGAACUUUGACACCCAGAGAUUGGAGGAGAUCACUAACAAAGGCAUCCGCAUCUCCAGCAACCAGGUUCAGUACUCUCUGAUUGACCAGCGACCUGCGGUGAGGAUGGAGCAGUUCUGUCUGGCAAACAACAUCAAGCUCUUGACUUAUGGGACGCUGGCUGGUGGUCUGCUCUCUGACCGUUAUCUGGGGAGUGCGGAGCCCAAGUCCAGGGCGGAGCUCUACACCGCCUCCCUCUCCAAGUACAAGAACAUGAUAGACACCUGGGGUGGAUGGAGUCUCUUCCAGGACCUCCUCAUAACCUUGGAAACCAUUGCCAAGAGACAUGACUGCUCAGUGGCUAGCGUGGCAACGCGUUAUGUGCUGGACCGCCCUGCAGUGGGCGGGGUCAUCGUGGGUUGCCGGCUUGGCAUCGCUGGGGCGGAGCAGCACAUCAGUGAUAGUCUGUGUAGCUGCAGCCCUGACCUCAAGCUGAUGGCAGAAGAUCACGUCGCCAUUGAAGCAGUGACACGGCGCUCCAGGGACCUCAUGGCGCUCAUCGGAGACUGUGGGGAUGAGUACAGGAACUGAAGGGGGAGGGGUGGACUGACUGACUGGAUGUGGCAGAUCAGUGAGGAGGAGGAGGAGUGCAGCCACAUAACAGAAAAAUAAAUUCUGACUUCUGAUAUUUUCAUUUUAACUUUUUUUUGCAAAUUUUUAUGAAUUUUAUUGUUUUUAUUAAAUAUUGUAAAACAAGUUUUUUUUUUUUUACUCUUACAUGUUAGUGAUUUUUAGAAGCCUCAUUCAGGCGUGAAUAUGGCCGCAAUGAAACGCACAAACCUAAAAAUGUUUAAUUGUUUAGCAUUUGUGAAAAGCAGAGAAUGCAUACAGUUAAUGAAUUGUCUGCUUAAUGUUUAAUUUAAUAUUAAAUUAGUAACUACCUUACAAUGAUGAGGAUGUGUAAAGGUGAGAGGUUUUGUUCAUUUUUUUUCUUUUUCUUUUUUUCUUUUGCCUGUGUACUUAUUAAAUUAAUUUUUAAACAGUCACAAAAACAUUUUUUUCAGUCAACUCUUUUCUGUCUAGCCAUGGCAGAGUCCUGGAGGAACAGUCUUCAUUGAGUUUUCAUCAUUAUCAUGAUAACAUAGCAUGUUCCAACUUAAUACUAGCAGCCUAAAGUCCUUGUAUUUUUUUUUUUAUUAUUAAAAUGUUUAUUGCAGUUUAAAUGUUCUGAGCUUUUAAAAUGAUUAGAAGUACUUUAAGAUAAAUGCACAUUGAUAUUCCUUUGUGUCUGAAAAAUAAGCCAUGAGGUCAAGUGUCUGUGCAAUGCAGGGCGGGGACUCGGCGAAGUGGAAGAAAGUGGAGAAUCCUGUAGCUUUCACAAUGUCUGUAGGCCCAGAAAGCGAGAAAGUAAUGCAGCACGCACACAUAUGCAAAGUAAAUGCUAAGCUUCCAUGACUGAAUAAGAUUAAUUUGCAGAGACACAACCUGCCUGUAAUAAUUGGUAACUGACAAACUAAUCUUAUCUGUGUUGUUUUAUUGACUGAG